AUGGCCUCUGCCUCUGGCCGGUGGGCUUCCGGGCCAGUCGGUGGAGCCGAGCCGGAGGAGCCCACGGAGGGCGCAUCGACCCCUGAGGACACGGGCUCCCUCCUCUCGGAGAACGACCCGGCCCGGGCAGGCGAGGCCGAGGAACCGACGCAGGACUUCAGGUCUCCGGGCUGGGCCGGCGCCGGAGGCAGGGAGGAGGCGGACGACACCCAGCAAUUCGCCCGCCUCCCCCCGCCGCCGGGCUGGCUGCGCCCGGAACCCGCCGACCGCCGCCGGGAACAGGAGAGCGCCGCGGGCGACACCGAGCCCCUCGGCUCGCCGGCCUCGUCGGGGGCGGACACCGAGCCCGUCAGCCUGCCGUGGGCAGCGCAGGGGGGCGGGCAGGAGCUCAGCGCCCCCUCGGCCAGCGGCGCCCGGGCAGAGCCAGCCCCCUCGCUCGCACCGGCACCCGAGAGCGCCCCGCAGACGGGCAGCGACCUCCCCGAGUGGAUGGAGACGCAGAGCCCGGGCCCCGGGGCUGCCCGCCCGGAGGAGGUCGGAGCAGCGGCUCAGGAGAAGGCGGCGGCCGCCACCGACCCCGCCCUGGUGGAGCAGGUGAACGAGCUGGAGAGGAGCCUGGCCCACGCCCUGGACCUGGGGUCCAGGGAGACCCAGCAGAUGGACACGUCUGAUCAGACAGCCGAGGUGGGGUGGCACCGGGCCGAAGAGCAGGAGCCCCGCCCCCCCGUGGCCGGCCCGGGCCGGGAAGUCAGGGAGACGGCCCGCGGAGAGGGGAGGGUCGAGGCCUUCGCCGCUCGGGCCUCGAAGCCUUCCCCGGCGGACGCAGACACGGAGACGAAGCCAGGAAGCAGCCGCCCGCGCGCCGAGCUCGCCCCCCGGGCAGGGGAGGAGGAGGAGACGCAGGCUGGGGGGGGCAGGCCAGCCGAGGGCAGGGGCCGGGCUCCGAGGACGCAGGGGGAAGCUGCCGAUCCGCCCCCGCCGUCCGGCACGGACGCGCCGCCCUCCUCCGCCCCUCCACGGGGGCCACUCGAAGCUGCCGCCCAGGACCGCAGCCCAACG